AUGUCUUCAGGGGAAGAAGACAUUGGAUCCAGCAAGAAGCGUAAGCUUCAGCGUGCUUGCGACCACUGCAGGCGUAAGAAAAUCAAAUGUGACGGUCCUCAGAUGCCAGAUAACCGUUGCACCAGGUGUGUGACGCGUAAAAUGGAUUGUACGUACAACGAAGCGAUGCAGAGGUCUACAUACCCGAGCAGCUAUGUCGAAGGCUUGGAGAAUCGGCUAGAGCGCGUCGAGGCGCUCCUGAAUAAGCUCUGUCCAGACGACGCAGUACAGCUAGACGAGCACUCGCCGCCGGAUGCUAGUAAGGCUUCCAAGACCCCGACACUGGAGAUAUCUGAGGCGCUGAGCAACAUGCCGCCCAUCAGCACUCCUAAUGAAGGUACAGGAGGGCAAAGCAGCGACGACGAAUACGGGGAAGCCGGCUUGACCGAGGCGGACUACCACAAGCGCCUCCUGUCCGUCGACGUUCCUUCGUAUCGGUUCCACGGCAAGUCUAGCGCCCUCGUUCUCAUCCACAACGCCAUGCAUAUGAUGAGCAAGGUCAUGGGACCCGGACCAGCUCCUGGUGAACCGGGGCAUCAAACGGUUGGCCAGUACCAUCACCAUCCAUGGAUGCGUCGUUUGAUUGAGGACCGCUUGCCCCCUUUCAAAGCAGAAGACUUUCCCCCGAAGGAUCUCCUCGGCACGCUCAUUGAUGCGUAUUUCCGAGAGGUCAACGACUUCAAUCCCGUCCUACAUGAGCCCAGUUUCAAACGCUCCAUCAUCCAAGGGCUUCAUCUGCGCAGGGGAGGACUCGGUGCCGUUGUGUUGCUAGUCUGUGCCAUCGCCGCACGCUUCGUGGACGAUCCGCGUGUCCUCCUCCCAGGGACGACGGAGCUCGCUUCGGCCGGAUGGGCGUGGUACGAUAAAGUCGAUCGGGUCCGGCUGCUCCCAGUGGCGCCCGUCGAGCUCUACGACAUUCAGAUUUACGCGCUCAUGGCUACGUUCCUUUGGUCAACGGCGACGCCACAGGCUGCGUUCUCUGUGGCCAGCGCUGGCAUCCGUCUCGCAGUCGAUAUCGGCGCUAACCGCAAGAUGAUGUAUAACAGCCCCCCGACUAUUGAAGAGGAGUUGUACAAGCGCGCGUUCUGGAGUCUCGUCGCUCAAGAUUGGAUGAUGGCAUACGGCCUCGGCAGGCCUCCUACUAUUCAUGAUGAGGACAUUGACGUCGGCCUUCCGGUGGAAUGCGACGAUGAGUAUUGGCUCGACGAGUUGGGAAAGCCAUCGUUCAAGCAGCCUGCUGGGAAGCCCUCGAAGGUCGCUGCCUUCAACUGCUAUAUUCGACUCACUCAAAUCCUCCUCUUUGCAAUAAGAACAAUCUACGCCGUCACAAAGGUCAGAAUGCAAGCAACCCGUGCAGAUCCCAACUGGGAACAACGGGUGGUCGCCGAGCUCGACUCUUCGCUCAACAAAUGGGUCGAUUCUCUUCCCGCACAUCUUCGCUGGGAUCCGGAGCGCACCGACACAAUCUUCCUCACGCAGUCCGGCUUUCUUUUUGCGAAUUACUACCACUUCCAAAUUGCCGUGCACCGCCCAUUCAUGCGCCCAACACCGAACGGGGGUCCACGAGCGUUCCCUUCCCACAUUAUAUGCAUGAAUGCGGCCAGGUCUGCUGUCCACGUACUCGAUCUAAUCCACAAGAAGACAGGAAAGGUGCACUAUGGAUGUGCUGGCCACGCUACAAUCGCCGGGACCAUACUCAUGCUCAACGUUUGGAUGGAACGCAUGUCUGACCGACAAAUCGCCGGGAGCAGCCGCGAUCUCGUUUCCGUGCAGAAGUGCAUCGAGCUUCUCGACCAUCUCAGACACGUCGGAGGGGCAGCGGAGGUUCUACGUGACGUCCUCAAGAUGCAACUCUCCGCGGCGAAGCGACCAUACACCAAACCAUCUCCUUCCACGCCCCUCGUCGUCAACACCUCCGAGGCCGAAGCCAAGCAGAUCGUCGUGCACUACAACAACCGCGGCCCGGAGGACCCCGAGUCGCCCAGCGCGCUCGAGUACACCGCCGCCGCCGCCAGUCCCGUACCAGCGUGGGCACCCCAGGCGAAGGGCACCCGCCAGCAACAGCAAGGCGGGCCUGCACAGGAUCAACGAAGUGGAUUUCAAGCCACCGCACCCGGGCCUGGGCCCGCCUCGCACGGAGACGGAGGAGAGCCGUCGUCCCUGGCGGCGACGGUCCCAACCCCGGCGGUGUCGGAGGGCGUGCCGGACGGCUUCGGAGACGUUGCGGCGGCCCCGUUCGGGUUCUUGGACGGGACGCUAGGGGAAAGCGCGUUCCCGCCCGACGCGUUCCGCGUGCAGAUGCCUUCGGGGCGGACAGAGGCGAUGCCAAUCCCGCUCGCGCCGGGGCAGGACUUCGGGAUGGACUUCCCGGGGCAGGGGGAGCCGGUGGAGGCGGCGGCGAUGGACUUCGCGUUCGUGGACGACAUGAUGACGAUGUUUACGACGCAGCAGACGGGGGCGUUUGGGUGGAACGAGUGGGCGGUUAUGACUAACCUGAGUAUGGGCUUGGAUCAAGGCUUCAUGAAUGUCGAGCCUUCACAGAACACUCCGAACGACACCAGUGGACCAGGACCAAGUUCGUGA